UUCCACUCAAGAAAAUUCAACAUAUUUUUACAGCUAACACACGGUACACAUUACAUUACAAAUUACAUCAAUCAAGUCUCACACAAUUACAUGAUGUACUGAGCUCUUGGAACCAAAUACAUGACAGAUUGUAAGUGCCGCCAAUGCGCAUUACUCACCAUGGGGAAAAGAUCCGGCUAUUAUUCACAAUUCUGCAUAUCUAACUACUGUUUUGGGGUUUAUGCUGAUAUACAGAAAAAGUCAUCAUUUUGGGGCAAUUUGCUGAGGAUUUUGAUAUUUAUAAUCCUGUUGCUUUUACUUGCUUAUGUGCUACUUGCCAUAUUUGCCCCAGAAGUAGCAGAUUCGAUACGGAAGAAGUUAAAAGAAAUAUGGCAAAAGCUAACAGGAGAAAAGUCAAGCGGAAGCGAUGAAGAUUCACGGGGUAACGGUCGUAAAGGUUCGAAGAAAAGUCGUAAGGAUAAGAGCCGUGAUCAGGAUUCUGAUGAUGAGGAGAGAAGCCAGAAGGAUGACAGUAAUACAGACGAAAACGAUCAAGGAGGUAAGAAGAAAGAUUCUAAAAAAAGAAAAGGUGAAGCAUCGAAUAAGAAGAAUAACAAGAAGACUCGAAAGUCUGAUGAUGCGAAAAGUAAAAAAGAUAACAAUUCUACAGAUGAGGAAGAGGAAAGAAAGAAAAAAAGAAUCCUCCAAAAAGAGAAAAGUCGAGCCCAAUAAGAGAGAGGAAAAGAAAACCCCGAAGUCUGAAGCCAAACUUGAUAGGCGGUCUGAAGAUAACAUAUCUGUAGCUUCUCGUGAUUCUAGCAUUGGUCGUCGUUCUCCGUCAACUUCAUCUCGACAACGCAACGUGGAAAAUACGCGAUCCAAUUCAAGCCGAAAAUCAAGGGAAAGGCUCAGAAAUCAUAGCUGAUAUUGUGAUAUAAAAUGUUUCAAUACAAAAUCU